AGAAAUUGAUUCUCAAAAUUCUAAAAACCAGGGAAAAUGAAAUGACUAUGCAAAAUUCUCCUCAGAAAUUUUAGAAGCUAGAAAAUUUAGUCCAAAAAAUUUACAAUCCAUUCAUUUUCUUACAGCUGUUUGGAGUCAUUCGAAGGUUACUUUGAUUCAGAUACCUAACUGGAAAAUUUGUUUCUCAAAUAAAAAUAGACUUUUCAAAGUGAUUUCGCAAUGCGAUGUUUUUUCGAACGUUAGUUAAAUAUUCGCGAAAUCUUUCGGUAUCGGUUUCAAAAUCACCGCAUAGAAGAGUGUUUCAGCGCAUUAUGUCGUCCUCAUCUGAAGAUUACACGUUACCGAACAACCAACCUGUAGUAGUAUUAGAAUGUAGCAGUGCUUUCGAUAGUUUAACCAAGAAGGAAAAGUUGUACGCUCAUUACUUGAGCCAAGCAUGCUGGGUGGGAUCUUUAAUCGUAUUACAGCAGACCUCGCCCGAGUCUCCGUUGAUUUUCACCCUUCUGCAUAAGAUCUUUUCUUCUGAAAGCAUCGAAGACUUGAAGAAGAAGAUCUCGAGUCAAUUAUCCGAAGAUGAAAUCAAAGCCUUUUUAGUUUAUUCUUGCGGCGUGUUCGCUAACUGCGGCAACUACAAGGGGUUCGGUGACUCGAAAUUCAUCCCGAAAUUACCGAUUGAAAAAUUCGAAUACAUCGUUUGCUCUAGCGAAGCGUACAAUAAUGAACCUGAAGUAGUCAAUUCUGUAUGGGAGAAAUGUAAAACCGGAUUAUAUUCGGCGUACGAUUCCGUUAGAAGUUUAGGAUUCCCUCACAAAGGAGUGACUACUUAUUUUUCUUCUAACUACAACACGAAAGAAGUUGAAGAAGUUAGUGCCUUGAUGAAAAAGUAUCAAAUCGAAGGAUACAAUAACCGAACCAUUAAACUAGACUCACCGAAAUCUUAUCAAAUAUUACUAGCUUCAGUUGAGCAAGGAAUCGUUAAAUCUGAGACUGUGCCCGAGUACGACUGUAAAUUCGAGAUAGUGAAAGGAGAUUACGCGCCGCUUUUGGCAAAAGUCAAUGAAAAUUUACUCAAAGCAAAGGAAUACGCUUCUACCGACGACGAACAAAAAAUGCUAGAUAAAUACGUCGAAUCGUUCAAAACUGGAUCGCUCGAAGAACAUAAAAAUGGUUCGAGAUUUUGGAUCAAGAAUAAAAAUCCCAUCAUUGAAACGUAUAUCGGUUUCAUUGAAACGUACAGAGAUCCUCACGGAAGUAGAGGUGAAUUCGAAGGAUUUGUCGCCAUGGUGAACAAAGAGAUGUCCAAGAAAUUCGCCACGUUAGUUGAAGAAGCCGAACAACUACUGCCAAAGUUACCUUGGCCGAAAGCUUUCGAGAAGGAUAAGUUCCAGAAGCCCGAUUUCACUUCGUUGGAUGUUCUUACCUUCGGUGGAAGCGGAAUUCCUUGCGGAAUUAACAUACCGAACUAUGACGAGAUUAGACAAAACGAAGGUUUCAAAAACGUAUCGUUGGGAAAUGUGAUCCCAUGCGGAUUUAAAGAUAGUCCAUUCCCUUUUAUAACGCCGGAAGACAGAGAAUUAGUGAUAAAGUACGCUGUAUCAGCGUUUGAAGUACAAGUCGGUUUACACGAAUUAUUAGGACACGGUAGCGGUAAACUGUUCCACAAAUCGAAAGACGGAAAAUUAGAUUUCGAUAAAGACAACUUAACAGAUCCUUUGACCGGAGAAGCUAUUUCUUCCUGGUACGAAGAUGGAGAAACUUACGAUUCAGUGUUCACCGCUUUAGGAUCGGCUUACGAAGAAUGUCGAGCUGAAUGUGUUGGAUUGUAUUUGAGCUUAUUCCCCGAAGUUGUUAGUAUUUUUGUCAAGAAUCCCGAAGAUGUUGAAAACAUCACGUACGUUAAUUGGCUCCUACUUGUGAUCAGUGGCGUUGAAAAAGCCUUAGAAAUGUAUCAACCAAUAACCAAAUCGUGGUUACAAGCUCAUUGUCAAGCACGUUUCGUGAUCAGUAGAGUUUUAUUAGAAGCGAACGAAGGUUUACUAACGGUCAACGAAGUAGAACCGAAUGAAAAACUCCUGAUAACGUUGGACAGACAGAAGAUCCAUACCGUCGGUCAAAAAGCUAUCAAAAAUUUCUUACUCAAACUACAAGUUUAUAAAUCUACCGCUAAUAUUAAAGAAGCUCAGAAAAUGUUCGAUAAGUAUUCCGAGGUAUCGGACGAAGGCUCUCAGCCGUGGCUCAAAUGGAGAGAUAUCAUUUUGAAGCAUAAACAACCGAGAAAGAUAUUCGUUCAAUCGAAUACCGUAGAAAAAGACGAAGACGUGAAACUGAUAACGUACGAAGCGAGCUUGGAAAGUUUCCUUCAAUCGUGGGUCGAUAGAUUCCCAGAUAAAGACUACAUUCAUAAAUCGUUGAUCGAAUUAGCAGCCAAAGACGAGCCUCACUUUCAGUACUGAUUCGCGCUAGCGAAUUCAGAAUCUGAAACGAGAUCUACGCCAGGCAGAAUGCUGUGUGGACUGUGGAUUAGGAGAAAUUUCACUUCGCACAUCUUUACGGAUUUCAGUUCAAAAGAAACGAAUUCAACGUACUUCGUAUAAUUUGUCAACAAUUUUGCUCAUAAGUAUUGCGGACCAAAACUAAUUAAAUUUAAUCGGUAAAAUCAAAUUUAAAUACCCCAAAAGGCCAACGCAAAUUGUAAAUGAUCCGCAAAGUGUUAUACUAAGUACUUUAGCAAAUAUGUAGGCCUAUUGUUUUGAUAAUACACAUUUUUCAAAAAUCAAA